AGAGAGAAGAUACUUAGAGGGACUUGACUCUCCUCUUAGUGCUCUGCCAAACCUCUGUCUCUCUGCUCUCCCUUUUCUCUGUGAAUUCUAUCCUUUCAGAGGAAACAAGACUAGCCAUGUCGUCCAUGAAAACUGUUAGCGUGAAAACUUUCAGGUCCAGCUAUGGAGGAAGCGGUGGUGGAGGUGGUGGUGGUGGUGGUUUCAGCGGUAGUAGUUUUGUCGGCGGUGGAGGUUUCAGCAGUGGUAGCCGUGGAGGAGGAGGAUCAUUUUCCACAAAAUCUGCCAUUCUGCUCAGGCCGUCAUACUCAAUAUCAUCCAGCUCUGCUGGUGGCUCAAUGCAAAGGUUAAGCAUGGGCGGUGGUGGUGGUGGUGGUUAUGGUGGUGGCAGUGCUUUUGGUGGUGGUGGUGGUUAUGGUGGUGGCGGUGCUUUCGGUGGUGGUGGUGGUUUCGGUGGUGGCGGUGGUUUCGGUGGUGGUGCUGGUUUUGGUGGUGGUUUUGGUGGUGGUGCCGGAGGUAUGGCAUCGCUUCCGAUCACAAACGUUCAAGUCAACCAGAGCCUGCUGGCCCCCCUGAACAUUGACAUCGACCCCAACAUUCAGACUGUCCGUACCCAAGAGAAAGAGCAGAUCAAGACUCUGAACAACCGCUUUGCUAGCUUCAUUGACAAGGUUCGCUUCCUGGAGCAGCAGAACAAAAUGCUGGAGACCAAGUGGAGCCUGUUGCAGGACCAGACGACCACCCGCUCCAACAUCGAUGCCAUGUUUGAGGCCUACAUCGCCAACCUGCGCAGACAGCUGGAUGGGCUCGGCAAUGAGAAAAUGAAACUGGAGGGAGAGCUGAGGAACAUGCAGGGACUGGUGGAGGACUUCAAGAACAAAUAUGAAGAUGAAAUCAACAAGCGUGCUGGUGUGGAGAAUGAGUUUGUGCUCCUCAAGAAGGAUGUAGAUGGUGCGUACAUGAACAAGGUUGAGCUGGAGGCCAAGGUUGAUGCCCUUCAGGAUGAAAUUAACUUCCUCAGAGCUGUCUAUGAAGCGGAACUGCUUGAGCUCCAGGGACAGAUCAAGGACACCUCAGUCAUUGUGGAGAUGGACAACAGUCGCAACCUGGACAUGGACGCCAUUGUGGCUGAAGUCAAGGCUCAGUAUGAGGAUAUUGCCAAACGCAGCCGUGCUGAUGCUGAAUCAUGGUAUCAGCAGAAGUUCCAGGAAAUGCAGACCAGUGCAGGACAGGCUGGAGAUGACCUUCGCAACACAAAGAGUGAGAUUGCUGAGCUCAACCGCAUGAUUAGCCGCCUCCAGAAUGAGAUUGAGGCAGUCAAGGGACAGCGUGCCAACCUGGAGGCCCAGAUAGCUGAGGCUGAGGAACGCGGUGAGCUGGCUGUGAAAGAUGCCAAGGCCCGCAUCAAGGAUCUGGAAGAAGCCCUGCAGAGGGCCAAACAGGACAUGGCCCGCCAGGUCCGCGAGUACCAGGAGCUCAUGAAUGUCAAGUUAGCUCUGGACAUUGAGAUUGCCACCUACAAGAAGCUUCUGGAAGGAGAGGAAUCCAGAAUUGCUUCUGGUGGUGGAGCUACAACCAUCCACGUACAGAGCUCAAGCAGUAGCUACGGUGGUGGAGGAGGUGGCGGCGGCAUGGGUGGCGGCAUGGGCGGCGGCUAUGGCGGCGGAAUGGGCGGCGGCUAUGGCGGCAGCAUGGGCGGAGGCUAUGGCGGCGGCAUGGGCGGCGGCAUGGGCGGCGGCAUGGGCAGUGGCGGUGGAUACGGCGGAAUGGGUGGCAUGAGCAUGUCCAUGAGUGGCGGCGGAGGCAUUAGCACAAAAAUGAGCAGCAGCAGCAGCAGCAGCCUCCGCUCAUCCCGGCGUUACUAAAAAUGUUUCUCUCCAUUUUUUUUCUACUCUCAUUUUGUUCUCCUCUUCUUGUCCCGGCUACCACUCACAAAAGCUUCCAUCAAUCCCACCACUUCUCUUCCCGCAGACAGAGCAGCCUCAGAAACGUUUGCAUUUUACCAUUUACAGCUGGCAGAUCCAUGUAAUGGUGCAGUUCUCUUUGCCACUUAUCUCCUGUGUUGCUCAUCCCUCUUUGGCAUCGUAUACUCACAGAGAGUCAGAGAUUACAUCAAAAUACAAGUAGAGGUAGAGAGAUCAUUAGACCAAGAACAAAGAGCAGCAGAGAUGUGAGUCAGUCCUCUCUCCCUUUGAUCAGUCAGCCUGGCUGUCUUUUGGUUGCUGGAUGUGCUGUCACGCAGACAAGAGGAUACUUGUAGUGUCAUGACAGAGAAUCCUUACAAAGCUACAAUCAUUGUACACAAAGUGACGAGCAAUUUUUAGAUUUGCACAGAAAGAUGUUGUGGUUGCUCUUGAAUUUAUAAAGCAAGCACCCCGUACAGUGUCACACCUAUGAGUCUUCUGUAGUGUCUCUUCUGUUGUCUCACAUCUGUCAUCUUGUGCAUUUUGACAUCAUCAAAAGCAGCCACAUAUAACACUUGAUUUUUGGGAUCCUCUUUUUCUUCUCCUGUUCUGAGAGAAAAUGAGCUCUCCACUACAGUAUACAAAUGGUAUUUUGGUCCUGCUUUACUUCCAUUUCCACUUUGAAUAAAAAAGAAAGGCUGACUGGGACAACCAGAUUUAUUGUGAAUUUCAAGUCUGGAAUAAAUCUGAUUACUUAAUAA